UGUUUGUGUAUAUGAUGUGUAUUGCUAUCAGAUAAAUGGUAGAAUAUUCGAGGUCCUUAAAAAAUUGUGUGUAUUAGAGUUUUCUUGACCGUAAAGUCAAACAAAAUAUUAUGGUUAUGCAGUAAACAAAUAGACUCAUAAAUUGGAAUUAAUCUUUUACAAAUUAGUUGACGUUACUUUCCCUCUAAUUCUUCUUUAUGCCCAUUUGAGCGAUCAAGUUUAAAUAGACCGCGCAAAAUCGAUUUUCGAAAAAAAUAUCAUGGAAUUAAUACAUUCAAACAAAGAGAAUGCUCAUCAAUAUUCUCCAAAUGAAAAUUGUAACAAUGAUAUAAUUGAUACAGAAAAAGAUGUAAAUAUUGUAAUAAGACUAGGUGAAGAGUUACAACGACGUAUUGGUAUAUUACCUAAAGUGGAAAAUUACACUAUAAUGUUACCAAAUGUUCCAGGGAAAUUAAUACAAAUGUUAUGCGUAAAACCGAAAUCUUAUACAGAAAUAUCACGAACGGUGAGAGCGGCAAGAACAAUGAAAUUGACGGUGCGUGCUUGUGGUGAACAGUCGGCUUAUAAUUUAUUUGUCUAUGGGAACAGUGGAACUGUACUAAUCGAUUGUACUCAGUUAGCUGAUUCACCCAGGCUUGAAUUUGUUACUAUAAAACGUAAAGAUACUACCACUACUACGAUGGAAAAAGAAUUAAAUGGAUUAAAAAUUUUAUCAUGUGUUACAAUACAGGAGUUAAUUGACUAUCAAAUUAGUCAUAAUAUUGAAAUUAGUCAAACUAUUGAAACAUGUUCAAUAUGGGGUACAGUUGUCGGUGCAUUGACGUCUACUCAACCAGGUUUAGUUGGACCUGGAGGUAAUGCAUUAGGUGGUUGUUUAACCGAUGAAGUGAUAGCUAUCCGUAUUGUUGAUUGUCAUGGAGAUUUAAUUGAAUACACGGAUGAGAAUGCUGUGAAAGCAGCUGUAUCAAAUUUAGGCCUUUUAGGCGUUGUAUAUGAUGUAACUCUACGAUAUAGUUCAAUUACAUUGUCAAAAGUGAAUUAUCGAUUUUGUAAAUGGUCUGAUAUCCUGGAUAAUGAAAAGACAAUCCUCAAAGAUGCUAUAACCAAUGAUCAAUCAAUAGAAUUGAUUUAUUUACCAUAUAACAGUUGUCGUAUUAUUUCAGAUAAACAGUUAACUAACCCACAGACCACCACCACCGCCAUUAACGAAGGUGCUGCAAAUAUCAACGAUAAUGACGUUCUACCCGACGAAGACGAUGAGAAUGUACAAUUAGAUUUGAAAACAUGGAAUAAUGAACAAGAUGAAGUACUCAUACGUACAACUCAACGUUUAUCAUCACACAUCAGUAAUAGUAAGCCAGGAGAUCCUAUUACACCAGCAACUGCUGAUGAUAACAAAGAAAAUACUGAUCCAAUGUUGAUAUAUGAAUCUGAACCGAAAGAAUUUGUCUACCUGUUGGAUCAGGUGUUUGGACCACUUGUCAGUGAAUUUAUUGAACAACCAAAUAAUACACCGAAGUUGUUGAAAAGAGCUCAUAAAUAUUUAAAAUAUAAAUAUUGUCCAAAACCAACAGUGAUUCAGUAUACACCAUGGGCAUUGAAUUCAUUUGGAAAAUUUAAAGAUCCUUUUCGAAUAUUAAAAUUUACUAUGGAAACAGAUUAUGAUUUGAAUCGAUUUAUACUGGCAGUUUAUACAAUUCUUGACGUCCUUUACAAGUUAACCGGUGACCAAAUGUCAACUGGAUCAAAUAAUUUCUCAGUUAAUCUUGGCUUACGUAUACAAUUUACACGUGGAACAAAAAGUGGUUAUUUAAUGGGUAUUGGAUUAGAAGAUGAUGCAUUGCAAUCAGAUCGUCAACAGCUACUCUUAGCCCAUAUCACAUUUAUGGGUUUAACUUCACCUGGACCAAACAACCUGUGGAAUGAUGCUGCCAGUCAAAUCACAAUGACAAUGUUAACUAAAAUACCAACAUGCAUGCCUCAAUGGAAAACAGAAUGGCAUAAUAAAGAGCUUUUAUUCGAAAAAUUUCAUGAAGCCUUGAAAGAACAAGCCGAACCAUUGAAAAAACUAAUUGCUAUUGCUGAUCGUGAUGGAAUGUUUUUAAAUGAACAUCUUGCAUCUAUAUUAUAUGAUAAAUUAACAUUUUAUCAAAGCUUAUAUCGAUCACAAAGAGACAAUUAUCUUUUAACAAUUUAA